AUGGCCAACUACUACGAGGUGCUGGGCGUGCAGGCAAGCGCCUCUCCCGAGGACAUCAAGAAGGCCUACCGCAAGCUGGCCUUGCGCUGGCACCCGGACAAGAACCCCGACAACAAGGAGGAGGCCGAGAAGAAGUUCAAGCAGGUGUCCGAGGCCUACGAGGUGCUGUCCGACUCCAAGAAGCGCUCUGUGUAUGACCGCGCGGGCUGCGACAGCUGGCGGGCCGGCGGCGGUGCCAGCACCCCCUACAGCAGCCCCUUCGACACGGGCUACACCUUCCGCAACCCCGAGGACAUCUUCCGUGAGUUUUUCGGUGGCCUGGACCCCUUCUCCUUUGACUUCUGGGACAACCCGUUCGGCAGCGAGCGCGGCGGCCGCGGCCAUGGCCUGCGCGGCGCCUUCUCGGCUGGCUUCGGCGAGUUCCCCGCCUUCAUGGAGGCCUUCUCGUCCUUCGACGCCCUGGGUCGCGGUGGGGGCAGCCGCACCACCUUCUCGUCCACCUCCUUCGGGGGCUCCGGCUCCGGCAGCUCGGGCUUCAAGUCGGUCAUGUCGUCCACGGAGAUGAUCAACGGCCACAAGGUCACCACGAAGCGCAUUGUGGAGAACGGGCGGGAGCGUGUGGAGGUGGAGGAGGACGGGCAGCUCAGGUCGGUCACGGUCAACGGCAAGGAGCAGCUCAAGCGUGUAGACGGCAAGUGA